GGCGUUGCUGGGGCGGCCUAAGAUGGCGGCGCGCUGGAGCAGCGAGAAUGUGGUGGUGGAGUUCCGCGACGCCCAGGCGACUGCUAUGUCAGUGGACUGCCUGGGACAGCAUGCAGUGCUCUCAGGCCGCCGUUUCCUCUACAUAGUCAACCUGGAUGCACCAACCGAGGGCCAUCGGAAGAUCUCCCGGCAGAGCAAGUGGGACAUCGGGGCAGUGCAGUGGAACCCACACGACAGCUACGCGUACUAUUUUGCAGCUUCGAGCAACCAGCGAGUUGACCUGUAUAAGUGGAAGGAAGGUAAUGGGGAAGUUUGCACAUCCUUGCAAGGACACACACGUGUGAUCAGUGACUUGGACUGGUCAGUGUUUGAACCAGACCUGCUGGUCACCAGUUCUGUUGACACAUACAUCUACAUCUGGGACAUCAAAGACACCAGGAAGCCUACAGUCUCGCUCUCUGCAGUAGCUGGAGCUUCCCAGGUCAAAUGGAACAAGAAGAAUGCCAACUGUUUAGCGACAAGCCACGAUGGGGAUGUCCGAAUAUGGGACAAAAGGAAACCCAGCACUGCAGUGGAAUACUUAGCAGCUCAUCUCUCUAAAAUCCAUGGUCUGGAUUGGCAUCCUGACAAUGAGUACACGCUGGCCACUUCCAGCCAGGACAACUCUGUCAGGUUCUGGGAUUACCGUCAGCCUCGGAAGUACCUCAGUAUCCUUCCCUGCCAGGUUCCUGUCUGGAAGGCGAGAUACACACCUUUCAGCAAUGGGCUGGUGACAGUGAUGGUUCCGCAGCUCCGACGAGAGAACAGCCUACUUCUCUGGAAUGUCUUUGACUUGAACACACCUGUUCAUACCUUUGUGGGACAUGAUGAUGUGGUGCUGGAGUUUCAGUGGAGGAAACAGAAAGAAGGUUCUAAAGACUACCAGCUGGUUACGUGGUCCCGUGAUCAGACUCUGCGGAUGUGGCGGGUUGACUCUCAGCUGCAGAGGCUGUGUGCUAAUGAUAUCCUGGAUGGAGUUGAUGACCUCAUCGAUGGGAUUUCUCUUCUGCCUGAGCCAGACAAGACCCUUCAACCACAGGACUCUGAGCCCCAACACAGCUCUGGACAUGGGGAUGAGGAAGCCUUAAAGGAAGACUUCCUGAACGACCUCCUGGUGGGAAAGAAAACAGACCAACUGGGGCUGCCUCAAACACUGCAGCAGGAGUUCUCACUGAUCAACGUGCAGAUCCGAAAUGUCAACGUGGAGAUGGAUGCGGUGAAUCGUAGCUGCACAGUGUCAGUGCACUGUGGCAACCACCGGGUCAGGAUGCUGGUGAUGUUCCCUGUCCAGUAUCCCAAUAAUGCUGCACCAUCCUUCCAGUUCAUCAACCCGACCUCCAUCACUGCCUCCAUGAAGGCCAAGCUGCUGAAGAUACUGAAAGACACUUCCCUGCAGAAAGUGAAGAGGAACCAGAGCUGCCUGGAGCCCUGCCUGCGUCAGCUCGUCUCCUGGCUGGAGUCUGUCGUGAACCAAGAGGACAGCACGUCCAGCAACCCCUAUGCUCUGUCCAACUCCGUGACGACCCCCCUGCCCACCUUUGCCCGGGUCUCCAAUGCCUAUGGCUCCUACCAGGACUCAAACAUCCCAUUUCCACGGACCUCUGGAGCCCGGUUCUGUGGUGCAGGGUACCUGGUGUAUUUCACGAGGCCCAUGACCAUGCACCGUGCAGUGUCCCCAACGGAGCCCACACCCCGGUCCCUGUCAGCCUUGUCAGCAUACCACAGUGGCCUCAUUACUCCGAUGAAGAUCCGUACAGAGACUCCAGGCAAUCUGCGUUUGUACAGCGGCAGUCCCACGCGCAGUGAGAAGGAGCAGGUCUCCAUUAGCUCCUUCUACUACAAAGAGAGGAUGUCUCCUCGCUCUGCCCGGCGGCGUUGGUCCAUACAAGCAAUUAACGACUUCCCGAAGUCGAGGAGGUGGAAAAGCAAACGGGAGGGGACAGAUGCCAACAACCGACCCAUCAAAGCUGCCGGGAAAGUUAUUAUACAAGAUAUUUCCUGCUUGCUGCCUGUGCACAAGCUGCUGGGAGAGCUCUACAUAUUGAACGUAAAUAAUAUCCAGGAGACUUGCCAGAAGAAUGCUGCCUCAGCCAUGGCCGUUGGACGGAGGGAUCUUGUACAGGUUUGGUCACUGGCUAUGGUAGCCACUGAUCUUUGUCUUGGACCGAAGUCUGACCCAGAUCUGGAGAUACCUUGGGCACAGCAUCCAUUUGGACGUCAAUUACUGGAGUCCCUGCUGGCUCACUACUCGCAGCUCCACGAUGUGCAGACCCUGGCCAUGCUGUGCAGUGUGUUUGAAGCCCAGUCCAGGUUACAGGGGUGCCCAAACUCCUAUGGCCCCUUUCCUCAGCGUGCCUCCAACCUGGCCUCCCACAGCCGAUACCCCAGCUUCACUUCCUCUGGUUCCUGUUCCAGCAUGUCGGAUCCUGGACUUGGCACUGGAGGCUGGAGCAUAGCAAACAAGGACACUGAGCAGAGCUCCGCUCCCUGGUGCGAGUCUUCUCCAGAUGAGUUCCGCUACAGCAACCUGAUGUACCCCGAUCAUCGGGAGCGAGAGAAGGACCAGCACGAGAAGAACAAAAGGCUCCUGGAUCCUGCCAAUACUCAGCAGUUUGAUGACUUUAAGAAGUGCUACGGUGAAAUCCUCUAUCGCUGGGGUCUGCGAGAGAAGCGAGCUGAGGUCCUGAAGUUUGUCUCCAGUCCUCCUGAUCCCCACAAAGGAAUUGAGUUUGGUGUGUACUGCAGCCACUGCCGCAGCGAGGCGCGGGGCACGCAGUGCGCCAUCUGCAAGGGCUUCACCUUCCAGUGCGCCAUCUGCCACGUGGCCGUGCGGGGCUCCUCCAACUUCUGCCUGACCUGUGGGCACGGUGGCCACACCAGCCACAUGAUGGAGUGGUUUCGCACGCAGGAGGUUUGCCCCACGGGCUGCGGCUGCCACUGCCUGCUCGAGAGCACCUUCUGAACGGCGGCAGAGCACAGCGCCCCGGGAAGGGGACUGGGGAUGGAAUUCCCGAGCCACGUGGACUCAGCUCUGCGGCGUCUGGAGGAGCCGUGCUGGGAGCCGGCGCAGGACUGGUGGUGACCUUUCUGAGUGCUUCCAGUGUCACUGUGCUGCCUGGGUUGCUUCCAGACCGCUUGGACCAAACUCCAGUGUGUCCAUUGCUGGCGAUGGAUGCCGCACCACCGAGCUCACACUUGUCCUGCAGGAGUGUAAAUGUUGGCCGGUCUCUGCCAGGCUGUGGAAGGGCGUCGGAGUUCCUUUGGAAAGCACUCGGCUGGCAGAGCCAGACCUGCUCCAGCUGCCUAAUGUCUUUCCAGGUGCCUCUGGAUGGGCCAAGGGUGAGCCAGGCACAGCCUUCUUCACACACUUGAGACAGAAAUAAUUUGCAAGCAGCAGUGAGCUCUGCAGGCUCACUGUCACCUGUGCUCAACAAGUGGCUGUGCUCCAAGUCACUUUCUGAGCCAACAGGGUCCUUAUUUUUGAACUUCUGUUUACGUUGCUGAGGUUAUCCCAUAAAGCAAGAGUGAAAUGA